AUGAAGGAAUUUGGGUGGAGUUCGGAUAGUGAUGAUGUUGAGAUGCUAAUGAGUAGAAACUGUCCACGUGUUGUAAAUGAAAGUAUUGAGGAUGAAACCGUGGAUGAUCAAUGUGAUGCGAAUGCGGGCAAUGGAUUGAAUAUGAUAGAUGGCGUGAAUUUGGGAGAUGUUGAUGGAGUCAAUUUCAUUUCUACUUCUAGUAGUGGACCUUUUGACCCGUUCAUUGGAAAGGAAUUUGAUGAAGUUGAGGAUGCGCAAGCAUUUUACAAGGUCGAUGAGAAUGGGUGUAUGGGAAGCUGUUUUUGGACAGAUGCAAGAUCAAGGUCUGCAUAUCAAUAUUUCGGAGAUGUUGUCACAUUUGAUGCGAAAUACCUCACAAACGUAUAUAAAAUGCCAUUUGUGCCGUUCUCAGGAGUUAAUCAUCAUCACCAAACUAUAAUGUUUGGUUGUGCGUUGUUAGUCAAUGAAACAGCUGAAUCCUAUAUAUGGUUAUUGAGAACAUGGCAGGAAGCAAUGCUCGGGCGUGCCCCUUCAACUAUUAUUACUGAUGAUGACAAAGCUAUGGCUAAGGCUAUUGCAGAGGUACUCCCAAAUACAACUCACCGAUUGUGUUUGUGGCAUAUUUUACAAAAAUUUCCAGAACAUUUGGCACAUGUCUAUAACAAGUUUCCAGAGUUUCAAAAAGAGUUUCAUCAUUGUAUACAUGAAAUUGUAACAUCUGAUGAGUUUGAGGAGGAAUGGGUUUCAAUAGUAGUGAAGUAUGGUCUAGUCGGUAAUGAUUGGCUGCAAAAUCUUUACAACCGACGGGAGAAGUGGGUUCCGGCUUACUUGCGAACCACAUUUUGUGCCGGUAUGUCGACCACACAAAGGAGCGAGAGUAUGAAUAAGUUUUUUAAGGAUUAUGUGCGAGCAAGCACGAUGGUAAGUGACUUUGUGCAUCAGUACGAGAAAGCUUUAGAUGCACGCUAUUUUAAGGAGAAAGAGAAGGAUGUGAGAACGAAAUCGACUAGGCCGGUUUUGAAAACAUGUUGGGAAAUUGAAGAAGAGGCUGCCAAAGUGUAUACAAGGAAGUCUUUCAAUAUAUUUCAAGACGAGCUAUUCAAUUGCCAACGAUAUAAAGCAACAAAAGUUCAUCAAGAGGGUGAGAGUAAGACGUAUGAGGUGGCACCUAGGGGCAAUGACAAACGUAUUUAUUAUGUCAGUUUAGACUGUAUAGAAGCAAAGGCAAUAUGCAUUUGUCAUAUGUUUGAGUUUCUGGGCAUUAUGUGUAGGCAUAUCCUAUGUGUCUUCAUGAAGAAAAAUAACUUAGACUGUUUGCCACAUCACUAUGUUCUAGAGCGAUGGACUAUCAAUGCAAAGAGUCGAGCUAUCUGUGAUAUACCAAAUUCCGAGGGGCAUGUUUCAACACAAGAAGAUCCGACAAUUCGAAAAAGCCGUUUGAUGAUGCAGUUUUACGACAUUGCAGAACUUGGCUCACAAUCAAGGUUUAAAAUGGACCGCCUUUCUCUUGCCUUGGAUAAGGUACACAAGGAGUUGCUUUUGAUGGGUAAUGUUGAAGAACAAAAUUUUGAAGUCGGAGACAUGUCACGUAAUGAUUCCCCAAUGUUAAGAUCACAAGUAAUAUCAAAUUUCUCACAAACUAUACAAGAUCCUCAACGACUGCCAACGAAAGGAAGACCAAAAUCUUUGAGAGCAAAGAACCCGAGAGAGACUCAAUCAGUGAAGAAAAGGCGAUGUAGCAUUUGUAAGAUUGAGGGUCAUACCAAGAAUAACUGUCCUUCAUUGGGGAAUUUUGGAAAUUUUGAUGAAGUUGAUGAAGCUGAUGUUGAACAAUAUGUGUCCGAAGACAAAUUCCCAAAAAUUCAAUUGCCAAAGGUCGAUGAUAAUUUUGGACAAUUGAAAAAUCGUCUGCCAAAGCUAGUGUCUUUGGCAGAAAUCCUUAACUUUGAUGGGAUCCCACAGUGGCAAAGUGGUCUAUCCAACGCGACUUCAUCUUCUGCUCUUGAAAUCCAAGAACUUGAACUAGAACUACAACUAGCAUCACUGUUAUACUGCAUUUUACACGUUAGUCAUACUACCAAAAUGGAUUAUGUAACACCUCAGAACAUAUACUAUCCAACAACAGGGACAUGGGACCGACCUCUAAACAGAAUGGAACAUUCAAGUUGA